GGAGAGAGGGAGAGAGGCAUUGGCUUUUAUUUCCUCUCAAUGUGUCUCCUUUCACUCCCAUGACUCAAAGAGGAUUCCUGUUCGCUUCACCCGGUCGGGAGGGAUUGAUGGUGUCUUUUCGGGGAAGCAGAUGCGGCUGAACCAUGGCAGCCCUGUGGAUCAUAACUUUGGCCAUCACUCUGAACAGAGUGUGGUGCAUUCGCUUCUCUCAGGAGCCCGCGGACCAGUCGGUGGUACUGGGAGAACGGGUGGUGCUGUCCUGCCUGGUCUUCAACUACAGCGGCAUCGUCCAGUGGACCAAGGACGGACUGGCGCUCGGCGUCGGCGAGGGCCUCCGAGCCUGGCCCAGGUAUCGUGUGCUGAGGGCUCUGGACAUCGGCCAGUACAACCUGGAGAUCUCCAAUGCUGAGCUGUCUGAUGACUCUCUGUACGAGUGUCAGGCCACGGAGGCCGCCCUGCGCUCCAGGAGGGCCAAACUCAAUGUACUCAUCCCCCCUGAGGACCCGGUGGUUGAUGGGUCCCCGGAGCUCCUACUGAUGGCCGGGAAUCCGUACAACUUGACCUGUGUGACCCGCGGGGCCAAGCCUGCAGCGCACAUCCAGUGGACCAAGGAUGGAGUCGCUGUUGAGGGGGCCGUCCAGUCCACGGAAGUGUUGCCAGACAGGAAGAGGGUGACGACGAGGAGCUACCUGCCCAUCACACCAGCAGACACUGACAGCAGCCGCAACUUCACCUGCGUGGCCAGCAACCCGGCGGUGCCGAUGGGCAAGCGAGCCACUGUUACCCUCAACGUCCACCACCCUCCUAUGGUGACCCUGUCCAUCGAACCUCGCUCCGUCCUGGAGGGCGAGAGAGUCACCUUCACCUGUCAGGCCAAUGGCAACCCUCCCAUCAUUGGCUUCAGGUGGGCAAAAGGUGGCGUUUUGCUGGAGGGGGCCAGGGAAAGUGUGUUCGUCACCACAGCAGAUCACUCCUUCUUCACCGAGCCUGUGUCCUGUCAGGUUUUCAACGUUGUGGGAAGCACCAACGUCAGCAUCCUGGUGGACGUGCACUUUGGCCCAAUUCUGGUAGUGGAGCCGAGGCCCGUUACGGUAGAUGUGGACUCUGACGUCACUCUGAACUGCAAGUGGUCCGGGAACCCGCCUCUCACCCUCACCUGGACCAAGAAGGGCUCCAGCAUGGUGCUCAGCAACAACAACCAGCUGUAUUUGAAGUCAGUGAGCCAGUCCGAUGCAGGCCAGUAUGUCUGCAAGGCCAUCGUGCCCCGGAUUGGUGUUGGAGAGACUGAGGUUACGCUCACUGUCAACGGCCCCCCCAUCAUCUCCAGUGAUUCAGUCCAGUACGCUGUCAGAGGGGAACGAGGAGAGAUCAAGUGUUACAUCGCGAGCACCCCCCCACCUGAUAAGAUUGUUUGGGCGUGGAAGGAGAAUGUGUGGGAGAAGGAGAAGGGCACCCUGAUGGAGAGGUACACGGUGGAGCAGAGCAACCCAACCCAGGGCGGGGCCGUCCUCUCCACCCUCACCAUCAACAACGUCAUGGAGUCGGACUUCCACUCGCCCUACAACUGCACCGCCUGGAACUCCUUCGGACCCGGGACCAUGAUCAUCACCCUGGAGGAGACGGAUAUUGUUCCAGUGGGAAUUAUCGCCGGUGGUACGGUGGGCUCUUCCAUUCUGCUGCUUAUGUUUCUACUGGCGCUCGCCUUCUUCCUCUACCGCCAACGCAAAGGCAGUCGCCGCGGUGUCACCCUUGGUAAACCAGACAUCAAGGUAGAGACAGUCAACAAAGAGACCCACAGCCUGGAGGAGGAGGCGGCCGACGUCUCCACGGCAACACGGAUGGUCAAGGCCAUGUACUCACCGUUCAAAGACGACAUGGACCUGAAGCAGGACAUCAGGAGCGAGAGCGACACCAGGGAGGAGUACGAGCUCAAGGAUCCAACCAACGGCUACUACAACGUCCGAGCCACGACCCACGAAGAGGCUCGCCCCCAGUCCCGUGCGAUCCACUACCAGGGCGAGUUCCGCUCCCCGAACCCAAACAUCGGACCAGCCGGUGCCACUUCCGGCGGACCCCCGGCCGGCGCCAGCGGUUCUGUUCCCCCCAGUGGAGUGCCAGGCUCCAGGGCGGGCUGCUACGACCCCCGCCCACCCUCCAGGAUGUCCCAUGCCACCUACGCCCAGUUCAACACCUUCACCAGGGUGGCGCAGAGCCAGCAAGCACCUCCCAACCCAGCUCUUCAAUCGCCUGGUGAUUACCCCGGAGACUGCGGCCUGCUGGACAGCACGACCCAGCUGGCCUAUGACAACUACGGAUACCCCUCCCAGUAUCCCAGCUACCGCAUGGGCUUUGCUCCACCCAUAGAGGAAGGGCCAGCCUAUGAGAUGUAUCCAACAGGUCAAGGGACCGGGCUAGGGCCAGGGCCAGGACCAGGACCGGGGCCGGGACCAGGCCCAGGACCAGGACCGGGACCAGGACCAGGACCAGGGCAGGGGCCAGGACCAGGACCAGGGCCAGGGCCAGGGCCAGGACAACAAAGUCCUGAAACAGGACUGGGGCAGUAUGGAACCUCCACUCGCUUCUCGUAUUCGUCUCCACCCUCUGACUAUUCCCAAAGACACACACAGCGGAUGCAGACUCAUGUUUGAGCAACACACACACACACACACACACACACACACACACACACACACACACACACACACACACACACACACACACACACACACACACACUCUUUGACUUGCUUUUUGCAGCUGCAGUACUUAUUACACAUAAAACAUAAAUAUAUAAAAGAUACAUAAACAUUCAAGAGUCCAUUUUCCAGUGCAUGGAAUUUCUGUUCACUUUUUGGACCAAUAAACCACCACAACAAGUCACAGCAGUUAGCAGCGUCUCAUAUAAUGCAGUUUGCAGCAAUACAUACAACACAUGCAAAGCGACAUUCACACACAUUUGCGGAGACUUUCUGUUGCGUGCAGUGUUUAUGCUCCAACAAAAGCAACAGCGGGAGUCACAAUCAAGAGAAAAGAGACAAUAAAGAGAAGAAGAGCACUUUGAAGACAGGAAGAAGAAGAGCAACAGGAGCUUUAGGAGGAGCAGAGGAACCUGUUUCUUCUUGCAGUCCUCGUUUGGCUCUUGGUUCAUCUCCCUGCAUCAAUCUUUCCUCCCAAUUCAUCCCUGUAAAUAAGUGCAAAUGGAGAUUUUUGGUCAUUUUAAAGUUAUUUCCUUGUACAAACCUAUACAGUGCGAUGCAGUACAUUGACACACAGCAAAACUCCCUGUAAUACAUACUUUUUGCAUUUUCUGACACUCACAUAUUGCAACAAAAAAAAACACAAACACAUACACAGAGAUCUUUAAAGACUUAUUUGUUUCGAUGUAUUGCAGCAACGGGGCAGCUUGGACUAUGAAUAUAUUUGGCACUUUUUGAUCCCUUUUCCUCACUUAAACCUGCCCAGUGGCCAUUUCUUACAAGAUCUACCUUGAUUUAAGUGGGACAGAGCUUCUUAAAGUGGUACAGUCAGCGACCAGAGUGCCAAUGCUUAUGUGCCAACACACACAAACUAUUGAGGUAUGUCUUCUUUUGCAAAGAGUGGACAAGGAGGUGGUCUGGACUAAGAGGUUUGUGUUCAUGCCACUAGUGAGAGCAAAGGAAAGGAGUGGUAGCAGGCGUCUCUCUAUGCUCAUUCUCCUCCUCAUCUCUCAUGUUAAAUCAUCAUGAUACAUUUCUAUACUUUACGUUUCACUUGAGGUCAAUGCUGUAAGCAGUAUUUGUGAUACGAGGUGUGGCGGAAGCGCUUUUUUCAUUCUACGAAUUUCUGCAAUUUGUACAAAAAGAUACCUCCCCUACCUUCAAGUGUCAAGAAGUAUUUGUUUCUCUCACUUGCACAGUAGAAUAGAUUUUUUUUUUCUCCAUAUUUUUACUGAAAUGUAUGGGGGAAAAAAUGGCAUUCAGAAACAUUUUAUAAUAUUUUUAUAAGGAGUUGUGGACCAAAGGUUCAGUGUUUUGGGUGAAACUCACUUUUUAAUGUGUACGUGGCGGCGUGAUCGUUAUUGGAAACGUUUUGAGUUUCUUUAAAAAACAAAAAUGCGAUGGAUGGUGUUUUUAAAGUGGAUGUUGUAGACUAAAAUUAGAAAAUUUGAAGAGCUUCAUUCCAAAAAUGAUAAAUAUCCAGCAGGGGCACAUCUGUUUGAUGGAUAUCUCUGUUUGGUGUGAAACUCUUUCUUUGACUUCCAGUCUUAUUACUGGACUGCCUUUUAUCAAACGUCGACGACAUUCAAAAUGAUGGAUGGAGAGCAAGCAGCCGAUCACUUUGAGCUGCGGCUGCGAACUACUUAAGCAAUGAGAAGGUUCAAGUGUAGUCUAACAUAUCAAAAUGAAGGUACAGAGGGUUCUAUCUAGCUCAUAUGGUACUUUGUACAUUUAUAUGUAAGUAUACUGGUUUGUUCACUGCAUAAGAAAAUUUGGUGGUAUUUUAUGUCUGACAUUUUCCAUUAUAUUGUGUCGGCGUUGGAACGUGUGAUUGGCCUUUAACCCCACAGGUUCAUAAUGAUCAGCGUUUAAAGUGUUGCCACUAACCUCUAACCUCCACUGAUGCAGCUACUGUACACGUCUCGUGUUUUAAUGAAUCUCCACCGCCCCAAUACCAAAUUACUCUCCACCAAGAGAGAAAAAAAUCGAAUUAUUCUGUCUGGUGAGCUCUUGUAACAUCCACAGUAGUAGUUUUGCCUUCUUACCCAACACAAAGUAAGUCCAAAUUCAAACCAUGAUCAGCUUGCAAAAGCAGUGUGGGAUGUGCUUGUGUACUGUAGCAGUUGAGAGCAGCUAAAAAGUUGGAACCAUCAAAUGCUAUACUCUUUUCUUGAAUGAUAUUAACACCUUGAUGAGUAAUUAUAAGCAAGAAGUUGCAAAAGGAAGCCUUACUUAAUAAAAAAAAAGCUUUGGUUUUAGGACAUUUAUUUGACAGACUAAAGAUUCUUUAAAUAAUUCAUGAGUCUUUUAAACUAGUUUUGCUAACCACCAGGAACUGGUUUGACAUGUUCUUGAUGUGUUGCCUUUAUUUAAGGACACUUAUGCUUUAUUGAAUAGUCAAAGUAAUGAGUGACUGUAUGCAAUGAGGAGUCACCCUCUUGUAUCUCUAUUAUACAUUUUUGAGCAACCAAAUAAUGAUAGCCGAUGAAACGUUGCUUUACAAAAGACCGGAGGUUGGAAAGUGAAGCUAGAUAUCUCAACAGCUCGAGAGGUAAUCAUUAAGUCUUUAUACUUAUCAGCCACCCUAUCAACCCUUCACAGAUACAGUAUAUUAUGGUAAUUCUGUGCCAAGGGGCAGUAAAAAAUUGUAUUUAUUGCCCCUAUUUUGAAUAAACACUUUCAGAAAGGGAACCGCAGCCACGCCAUGUCUGAUUAGAAUAUCAGAUGGAACCUUGUAGCUCCAAGGUCACUAUAUAAACCAUUGCUGUAGUUAUGGAGAGAAGAACGGCAGAUGGAGCACCCUUUUAAAUUUAUAUGGUCAUCACAGCCUUGGUACUGCAUACUAUUACCUCUUUACAACCUUUUUACAGAGUUGAAGCCGUGCAGUAUUUUGCAUCUGACUUGAAAUGUCGUUAUGACCUUGUGUAGAAUGAGUAAAUUUGACACAGAGGAUGUACUGAGGCCAAAAAAAUACACGACCUGGCCAUCCAGGUACUAAGUUAUGACCUUUUAACUAUUGACAGUGUGUUAAGAGUUUGAAACUGUCUUUUCAUGGGGAAAAAAAACACAACAAACCUUUCUCUCAUAGCUUUCUUCCAAAUUUUUCUCCAAGCUGAUCACAUAUGAAGUAGGUAUAGCAAUCUUAGCUUGCAUUAAUGUGUACAUGUUGGGGGGGGUAGGGAUUAUGUUUUUAGAGAAUAUAUAGCUUCAUGAGCUCAUGACAUAGUCCUCAUUUAUUUCUUUUUGAAAAUCAGUAUUUUGAAUCUUAUUUUCUUGGUAUUACUUUGUGGUGUUACCUCACCGGUGGAAGAUAUGACUGUGGUCGAAAGUGUGUGUUUGAACUUUUUAUAUACAGUAUUUUAUUUUAUUUUGUAUGCAUCAGAUAGAGGGGUUCUGAUUAAUCAACCCGGCCGGAAAAAAAAGAGAGGGCAUGUGUGCGUCUGUGGCCAAAACGACUGCUCAUCAAGGCCACAAAUAGCCAAAACUCUGUCUCAACUAGGCCAACCCAGGCUUGAACCAGGCCAGACUCACAGCUAACUGCUCUGUUCCAUGCUGUGCUGUGCUGUGCUGCGCCGUCGCUGGCCAAGACCGACUGGAGUGGCUCGGAUUUUGAUUUUUACCUCGUGGAGUCUUCAGUGAGUGCCAAAAGACUGUGCAAACAAAUGAACUGAGCAGACAAACAAAUGCAGCAGCCAUUUGUGUUUCUUGUGUUUAUGUUUGUGUAUGCUCAUCGGUGUGUGUGUGUGUGUGUGUGUGUGUGUGUGUGUGUGUGUGUGUGAGUGUGCUACCUGUUUAUGUUUUCAUACAUGAACAGGUCCUAUAUGUGUCCAUAUGGGAAAGUGCAUGUGUGUGUGUGUAGAUGUGUGUUUGCAGCCUGUAACAACAGUGUGUUUUCAUACCAUUAUAAAUGUGUUAGGACCACUGGACUGUAAAAAUUAGGGUUUGACUGAUUGUUUUGGUCAAAAAUCUGAUUUAAUCAGCAUAUUUCCUCAAUUUAUGUGAAAGGUUUUGAUUGUUCUAAGCAACCACUACCGCACCUUCCAUGACACCUAAAAAUGGCGUAGGAGGGACAGGAUAUGCAGCACAGGCAGCUUAUUGUUUGGGCUAAAGCUGUCGCAAUUUCAGAUUUUCCCCACACGAUUAUGAUGGCCCAACUGAUUCACCAUAAAGACAUUUUUGAGAUAUCAAUAGAAAAUAAAAUUAAAAUUAUGCUUUCAUUUAAAUUCAUCUUUAACUCUGUUUAUUGUGCAUUUUUUGGGGCAAAGGAAUCACACUCAAAAUAUGAGUCUAGAGAGGUUAAAGAAGUGUAAGGAAAUCUUGAUUCGGUUUGAUAACAGGCUGGUGGACAAAAACACAAGUUUCUCUCCUAAAGUCUGAAGGAUUUUGACUUUGAACUACCUUAAUGAGCAGCAAAACGUAACAGAAUCUCAUCUACAUUUUAAUUUCAACUAGGCAUUUCCACCCUGUCAAGGAGAUUCAGUUGUAAACGCUUUAUGUUUGCUUGAUUUGAAGGUGUUUGAUAUUGUUGGGAAAGAAACCAUAUCAGUCAAACCCUAGUAUAAAGCAGGACAGCUGGUAAGACAGAGUGAAGGAGACAUUGCGUGGCCUUAGGACACGAGCCGAGCUCGUCCCUCAUCCAGCUGCUGAGCCUGUCUGCUCUCUGAAACAGCUGCACGACUGAACAGGAUUAAUUGAUGUUCAGUUUGGUAAUCGCUAAGCAUAUGAAGACGAUGAUCAGAACAGGGAGAAGGACUCCACAUUGCACUUGAAAAUGUGGAGGUGUGCACGUGGGUGAGAGAGGGACAGUGUGGGUGUUCACAUAAGCAUAUAUUCUCCAUGCUCCAAUUCUUUAUUUCUAUCCCUGUAUAUUGUUCACGUGUGUAUUAUGUUCAUGUUGAGUUAUUGUUUAUCCCUUUUAUUCAAGAAAAAAAAAAACUGUACAAAACUUACAAGAUAUUAUUCAAAUGCCCUUUUAAUUUCAUGUUUGAUUUCUUUUUUUUUUCUUUCAAAUUGUAUGUAAUUAUUUUUCCACAAUAUUACAGAAAAUAAA